UUCACGAUUUUCUGUCAACAUAAUUUUUCGCAAAAAAUUUUCGUCCGUAAUUUCUACUUCUCGGUCUUGGUCGGUGUAAUCUCAUGAAAAUCCUCAUAAAGAAUCUAUUUGUUGUGUAAGAAAUUAAUUGUGAAACAUUAAGCGAAUCAAAAAUAUUCCCCCAACUGGCACGGUCCGCAAAUCCAACAGUUUAUAUGCUCGCAAUUCAACUUACCUCAGGAAAUCAAAAACAAAUAAAUCUUCAUCAUGUCUGGUUGGGAUGUUUACGACGAUAUGAAUCUAUAUAUAACACCAGAAAGAUUUAUCGUUGAACCAAAUGGCAAAGAUGAAUUACUUAUCAUCGAUCGGGUCUCGAAUUUUGUCAAAGUCCAAGUUAAAUCGAAUCAGUUAGAUAACCAAAUACCAAUUCGUCGGGUAUGUGGAAUUCUUGGAACUAUCCGACUCCUGGGAGGACAAUAUUUGAUUGUUGCCACUCAUCGACUCUUUGUGGGUAUUGUGAAUGGUGCAAUUAUCUGGCGAUUGGCUGGAUUCGAUGUGAUACCUUACAUUCCAUCAAUAACCCAUUUAAGGCAAACACAACGCGAACAAAACGAAACAUAUUUGAAUAUGAUUCGUAAAACUCUGGAAACACAGUAUUUCUACUUUUCUUAUUGGUAUGAUUUGACGCACACUCAACAACGAUUGCAUUCCAUGCCUCCAGAGUUUUUGAAGAACGGACUCUUGGAACGGGCAGACAGUCGAUUCGUUUGGAAUGGCACAUUGCUGAGGAAUUUCAACUGUCCUGACAUGAAGAAAUUUGCUUUGCCAUUGAUCUUGGGAUUUGUAUCUGUUAAUCAAGUAACAAUCAACGGUCACACUUUCUAUUGGUCAUUGAUUUCACGUCGAUCAAUUCAAAGAGCUGGAACACGUCAUUUCAGUCGUGGCAUAGACGAACAUGGAAAUGUUUCGAAUUUCGUCGAAACGGAACAACUAGUAGAAUACAAUGGACAACGAAUAUCAUUUGUCCAAACGCGUGGAAGUAUGCCAUUCUAUUGGCGUCAAACACCAAAUUUACGCUACAAACCACCUCCAGAAUUGGUCCAAGGCAAAGAUCAUCUGCUUGCCUGCAUGAAGCACUUCGAUGUUCAAUUGCAAUUGUAUGGAAAACAAGUUUUAGUUAAUUUGGUUGAUCAUAAAGGAGCUGAAGGAACCCUAGAAAAGGCCUUUGAGACGUUUGUCAAUCAAAUGAACAAUCCACUUGUACGAUAUGAGUCUUUUGAUUUCCACCUUGAGUGCAAAAAAAUGCGUUACGAUCGGUUGAAUAUUCUGAUUGAUCGUUUGGCCUAUGAGCAGGAUGAGUUCUCAGUGUUCCAUCUGCGUGAUGAUGGUAAUUUAGUAUCUUCCCAAGAUGGAUUAUUCCGUACGAAUUGCAUCGAUUGCUUGGAUCGAACGAAUGUCGUUCAGAGUAUGCUGGCGCGGCGAUCUCUCAAUCAAGUGCUGGUAAAGCUGGGAAUUCUAAAAACUGGACAAAAGAUCGAAACGGUUUCUCCAAAUUUUGAAGCUAUUUUCAAAGGGGUGUGGGCAGAUCAUGCAGAUAUGAUUUCCCUUCAAUACUCAGGUACUGGUGCCUUGAAAACCGAUUUUACACGCACAGGCAAGCGAACCAAAGCUGGCCUUAUUCAAGAUGGAAUCAAUUCUUUAACAAGAUAUUAUUUGAAUAACUUUUGCGAUGGUUUCAGACAGGAUGCUAUAGAUCUCUUUUUGGGUAAUUAUAUGGUUCAAGAAGGCGAAGGAGUUCUUGUAAGAUCUCCAUUGACAAAGAAUCGCGGCUGGAAGUAUGGAACGUUCCCUUCUGUGCUCCUGGUUGCUGUUUCUAUGUUCUUUGCUUCUGUGAUUUUUCCCACAGAAAUUCGAACGGAAAAUCUUUUGUUUUUGCUCUUUUGGGGCGCAAUGAUUGGCGUGACCACAAGUGGUAUCUUUCGUUAUGGAACUGAAUUCGUUGAUUGGCCACGAUUAUAUCCACCAUUUAAAAUCGAAGCCUAACAUACGGCCAAUUCCAAUUCAAUUGAUCUAUUUAAUUAUGCAGCUCAACUAGAAGUAGAAAGAUUGAAAAAUGUUAAUUUCUUUGAGAAAAAAUAAGAUGACGAUUAAUUUGAAAAAAAAAGAAACAAGAAAUUAUAAUAAUAGAAAUGAAAAUGAAAAGGAAAAAAAAAUGAAAAUGAAAACAAGGCCACAACUUCCAUGCCAGAGAUGUAUUAUGAUAACCAGAUCCAUUUAUAUAUAUUUUAUAGCACUUUGAUUUUGUUUGUUUGGUUUUUCUAUGUUUUGAUUGUUUACAGUGAGUGGAAGACCUCGUCUAUGGCACCAUGUUAAUUCACCAAUUUUCCAAAAAUCAUCAAGGUCAUUGAAACAGCAUUUUUAGUUUUAAAAAUUCAAAUAUUUCUGUUUCGGUCUCUUUUGUUGAUCUGAACUUUUACUCUGAAAUAUUUCAGAUGACAAAACAGAAGUUAAAAAAGCUUAAGUGUUGAUUUUUUGUAAGCUUCUUAUCUAAAUUAAGAAAUAAAUAGGUAAAUUUAAUAAGAAUUCUCAACGGUUUGUGUUUAAUAGCAUUGCAUUGCGCCAUUCAACAUAAAUGCACGAUCAUCAAUAUUUUAGAGAUUUAUAAUUUUAAAUUAGGUAUUCAUUUUGUUUCUCCAAUUUUAGAGCACUUUCUUUAACAAACAAAAACACAUAAAAGUUCUUGUUCGAUUUGUCUGUGAAAUAUUGGAAAUUGGACAUGGUGCCUUUUUCUUAUUUGUUGUAUCAAUGUAUCCGUACUUUUGUAACAUGAGUGAAUACUUCAAUGCCCUUGAGUUAUAUUUUUAAAACCCCUUUGUUGAGUUUUUUAAUUGUGAAAAAAUGUUAUUAGCUAUCACUGAUUGAUUCAUUGAUUGCAGGCAAAGUUAUUUAUUAUUUAUAAGAGAAAUUAUGUAGAAUAAAAAACUAUAAGAUAAAUGAAAAAUAUAUCAUAAACAUAGCAUAGAAAAAAGAAAUAGAAAGAAAAACAAAAUACACGAGCCAAAUAA